AUGCCCAGUAAACUGGAGGGAGCCAUGGAUGCACUCAUCACGGUCUUUCACAACUACUCAGGGAGCGAGGGAGACAAAUACAAACUCAGUAAAGGAGAGCUGAAAGAACUUCUUGACAGUGAACUUACAGACUUCCUCACGUCUCAAAAAGACCCCAUGCUGGUGGAAAAGAUCAUGCACGAUCUGGACUCCAACAAAGAUAACGAGGUCGACUUUAACGAGUUUGUGGUGCUGGUGGCGGCGCUGACAGUUGCGUGCAAUGACUUCUUCCAGGAACAACAGAGGAAGAGAAGCAAAGACGAAAAGAAAGGCAAAUGAAACGGAUGCAUGAACGUACCUGCUUGUGUAAUGCUCUGUGAUGCAUUAAACCGUUUGUCAUGAACCAGACCACGUCCUUAUGUUAGCCAUUUACUGUCAAUCCUUGGU